CUACAAACUUUUAUUUUCCCUUUUAAAAUCGAUGUGUCAUAAAAUAGUUAUAUUUUUACAUUCAUAGACAUUAUAGUCAUAGACAUGUGUAUAUAUAUGUAGAAAUAUAUUUAAUGCAUUAUAUAUUUAAUUAUAAAUAAAUAUCUAAUCAUGUUUGGGAAAGAGGCCUUCCAACUUAUUACAGAACUUGAUUUGUCUGAUGAUAUAAAACCCUUCAAUGAAUCUGUGGUCAGACAAGUAUUGGAAGAAAUGCAUUAUCUUUAUGAAGCAAAUUUACUUGAUAGUAAUGCUAUCAAAAAUGAUGGUAAUACAGCGUUACUUCCGUCUGUACAAUUUCGACAUGUAGCUUUAACUAGAAACAAAAGAUGUAUCUUAGCAUACUUAUAUAAUAGAAUGAGAAGAUUACGUCAAAUGCGUUGGGAAUUAGGUAGCAUCUUACCACCAGAAAUCAAUUCUAAUUUACUUAAUGCAGAAAUUCAAUGGUUCCAUUCAUAUAAUAAAUCUUUAGCUACAUAUAUGAGAUCUAUAGGAGAUAGUUGCGGACUUAAUUUGACAGUAAAUAUGUUACCACCUAAAUCUCUUUAUAUCGAAGUUAAGUGUUUGACAGAUUUUGGCAAGCUAGAGAUUGAAAAUGGACAAGUAGUCACACUCAAAAAAAACACAUAUCAUUUAUUACCUAGAAUAAUCUGCGAGCCUCUUAUCAGACAGGGUAUACUAGAACAUCUCGCAUGAUACGUUUGUUGUUUGAUAUUACAAAAAACAAAAAAAAACAAAAAAAAAACAAAACAAAAAAAAGAUUUUGGAAUUCAAAUCAUAUUAUUUUUAUACCAUACAUGCCUUACAAUAAAAUAAUAAUUUAUGUUUAAAGAACAUUUCUAACAGAUCUUUCAAAGAAUCGAAAUUUGAAUGUUAGACAAAAAUCUAUCACGUGAUCGUUUCUUAACUAUAUGUUUAUGUUGGAUUUUCCAAGAGAAAGUGAAUUAAAAUAGGGAUACUUUUAGAAAACACAUAUUUCUAACACAUGUUUUCACAAGGAUUUUCCCAAGGUGUUCAAAUUCAAAGUUUAUUUGUGCAGAAUAUUAUUUAAGCGUAGUCAUCGGUUGUCUUCGAUUCGUAAUGAGUGGUAUAUUCAGUAGCUUUUAGAAGGAUGAACGGUCAACGUAUAUUUCUCAGGUAGUUAGUGAUACGAGUCAAGAUUAUUUUUUUCUCUAUCAUCGUUAUUUCACCGUGAAACAAAAUAUUCAUUCUCAGCGCGAAUCGGGAUAUUUUACGAACGAAGGAAACACGUUCUGCGGUGUUGAUGUUCUAAGUAUUGAGAAAGAAAAAAAAAACAAAAGAAUUCUUCGUAAA